GACAAUCUGUUCCGUUUUCUUCCUCCUCCUGACCGGUUCGGUCACCAUACGAUUUGACCAUUGGGACGGGCCGGACGACUCUGAUACAGAACAUCAAAACCUAGGCCUGGCCCACUUAAUUUAUGGGCUUAAGUAUCAAGUAGCCCAAUUCCCUGCCUACCCACUUCCGUUCGGAAAACCCCGUCUUCCUCCUCAAAUAAGUAGCUCUGCUCUCACGCCUCAGGAGACUCGGAACCCUAGUAAGUUGAUUCUCAGUUGCAGCGCCGUUCAUCCCUCUCUCGCGCCCUUCCUUCGCUGUCUCUGCUCCCAUCAAGGUAAAGCUUCUCGUCGUCCCCGUUCCGAUCUCCCGUCUCUGUCCAUCGCUGUUCAUUUUACUUUCUGUUGCGUUCUUCUGGUAAUUCUUGUUCCUGUUCCUCCGCCGUCAGGUAAGAAACAAUGUCGUUCGGAGAGGUUGCUUGCAGCUACGCCGUCAUGAUUCUCCAUGACGAUGGCAUCCCCAUCACUGCUGAGAAAAUCAGCGCAUUGGUUAAGGCUGCCAACGUGAACGUCGAGUCUUACUGGCCAAGCUUGUUCGCCAAGCUGGCCGAGAAGCGCAAUGUUGAUGACCUGAUCAUGAACGUUGGUACUGGUGGUGGUGGUGGUGGUCCUGCUGCCGUUGCUGCCCCUGCCGGUGGUGCUGCUGCUCCGGCUGCUGCAGCUGCCCCUGCCGCCGAGGAGAAGAAGAAGGAAGAGCCUCAGGAAGAGAGUGAUGAGGACUUGGGUUUCGGCCUCUUUGAUUAGAGAACAGAUUGACCCAGUAUGGCUUAGUUUCUUCUUGUUACCUGAAGUUUUUGGUUUAAUUGUAGUUGGUAGUCUGUUGGAGGACUGAGGCCUUGUUUUAGUUACAAUUUAGAACUCAAGGUUAUGGCGUUGGAACAUUGGAAUGGUAAUUGACCUGUUAGUCGUUUAAUCGCAGUGUCUUCUGGUUUUUACCAGAGUUAUGCAAUGCCCUUUGCUCACCUGAAUUGUUUCUAUUCUGCCUUGUGUUGUUUAAGAUCCUUUUUGGUUGUGGUUUGAGCUUGUUUGUGGUGUAGUUUGUCGAAUGUGAUUCUCAUCGUGGGAUGGAUAGCUUGAUGGGAUGGAUAGCUUGAUAAAAUGCAACAGUGGCAAUUGCUAUAAAUGAACUGUUUGUCUCUGAGACCCGAUACGUAGGAACAGGAUCGCCCUAAUUUUCGGCCUGACGUUAUUCUUCAACAGCAAUUAAGUCCAUCAAGAGCUAAUUUGGGCGGAUUUCUUAUGGGUUCAUUUUUGGCAGACUCCAAAGGAGUACCAUCACAGAUUCUGGGCGAUUUUUCCAAAAUUCCAUUUUCUUCCGAUUUUGGAGGCUAUAGAUCACGGAUUCAGCUCGAGGCUAUUCUCCACCGAUAAUAAAGUCUAUUGGUUCUAUUAUGCACCGAUGAUUAAGUCAAUUAAGCACCGAAUUGGGCCAAUAUAUUUUGGGAUCGCAUUUUCGUAAUUAUUUGAGCAAUUUUUUCGAAAGACCAUUUUCCUUUGAUUUUGAAGGAUAAAGAUGGUGGAUUCGGCCUGAUGCUAUUCUUCAACGAUGAUUAAGUCCAUCCAGUGCCAACUUGGGCGGAUUUCUUCAUGGUCCUUUUUUGGAAGACUCCAAAGGUGUACCAUCACAGAUUUCGGGCGAUUUUUCCGUAAUGCCAUUUUCUUUCGAUUUUGGAGGCUACAGAUCACGGAUUCGGCUCGAGGCUAUUCUCCACCAAUAAUAAAGUCUAUUGGUCCUAUUCUGCACCGAUGAUUAAGUCAAUUAAGCACCGAAUUGGGCUAAUAUAUUUUUGGAUGGCAUUUUCGUAAUUAUUUGAGCAAUUUUUUUCGAAAGGCCAUUUUCCUUGGAUUUUGAAGGAUAAAGAUGGUGGAUACGGCCGGGGGCUAUUCUUCAACGACGAUUAAGUCCAUCCAGGGCCAAUUUGGGCGGAUUUCUUCCUGGUCCAUUUUUGGCAAACUCCAAAGGUGUACCAUCACAGAUUUCGGGCGAUUUUUUCGAAAUGCCAUUUUCUUUCGAUUUUGUAGGCUACAGAUCACGAAUUCGGCUCGAGGCUAUUCUCCAGCGAUAAUAAAGUCUAUUGGUCCUAUUAUGCGCCGAUGAUUAAGUCAAUUAAGCACCGAAUUGGGCCAAUAUAUUUAGGGAUGGCAUUUUCGUAAUUAUUUGAGCAAUUUUUUUCGAAAGGCCAUUUUCCUUGGAUUUCGAAGGAUAAAGAUAGUGGAUUCGGCCUGAGGCUAUUCUUCAACGAUGAUUAAGUCCAUCCAGAGCCAAUUUGGGCGGAUUUCUUCCGGGUCCAUUUUUGGCAGACUCCAAAGGGGUACCAUCACAGAUUUUGGGCGAUUUUUCCGAAAUUCCAUUUUCUUUCGAUUUUGGUGGCUACAGAUCACGGAUUCCGCUCGAGGCUAUUCUCCACCGAUAAUAAAGUCUAUUGGUCCUAUUCUGCGCCGAUGAUUAAGUCAAUUGAGCACCAAAUUGGGCCAAUAUAUUUUGGGAUGACAU